AUCCCUUCAGUUUUCACUGUUUCUCUCUUUCAGUAUCGUAGUCUCUCAAACUUCUUUUUAAACACACCCUUUGGCCCUUAUGCUUCAUCUUCUUGCAACUUCUCGGCCCUCUCCAUUACCAUCAAAGUUCUUUUGCCGUCUUUUUUGGCUCUCUCUCUCUUUAUUUAUAUUAUCAAUAGUUUAUCAGAAUCUGUAAAGUCUUUGGUUUUUCAUUUAGUUUAUUGUUCUUGGUGUUGUUGGAAGCUAUUGAUGGUGGCUUCGCCAAACCCAAUUCGGGCUGAAAAGGUUCAACCCAUUGAGCUUCCUGUCAUAAACCUUUCAGCUGAGAGAUCAGAGGUGUCAAACCUCAUUGUAAAAGCCUGUGAAGAGUAUGGUUUUUUCAAGGUGAUCAACCAUGGAGUCUCUGAGGAUAUCAUUGCCCAAAUGGAAGAGGAAGGUCUCAACUUUUUUACAAAGCCACUUUCUGAGAAACAAAGAGCCGGACCUGCCAGUCCUUUUGGUUAUGGUUGCAAAAACAUUGGCUUCAGAGGUGAUAUUGGAGAAGUUGAAUAUCUUCUGCUUGAUACCAACCCUCUAUGCAUUUCUCAGAUAUCCAAUAACAUCUCCAAUGACCCCAAAAAGUUCAGCUCUUCCGUGAGUGGUUACAUACACGCAGUUAGGGACUUGGCAUGUGAGAUCUUGGAUCUAAUGGCAGAGGGGUUGUGGGUCCAUGAUUCAUCAGUGUUUAGCAGGAUGAUCAGGGACGGUGAAAGUGACUCACUUUUCAGGCUCAAUCACUAUCCACCCAUUCCCUGCAAAGAUGGGGAAACCUCGCCUUCUUCAUUUCAUGGUCACAGAAGCAACAAGGUUGGUUUUGGGGAGCAUACUGACCCUCAGAUAUUGACCAUCUUGAGAUCCAACGGUGUGGGUGGCUUGCAAAUUUCUCUGCGCGAUGGGGUGUGGGUUCCUGUUCCUCCUGACCCAACGGCCUUUUGUGUUAAUGUGGGUGAUGUUUUGCAGGCUAUGACCAAUGGGAGGUUUGUGAGCGUGAGGCACAGGGCCUUGACCAAUUACGACAAGUCAAGAAUGUCAAUGGCCUAUUUUGGGGCACCACCACUCCAUGCUUGGGUCACUGCUCCUGCUGAGUUGGUCACAUCCCACAAGCCUUUGCUUUACAGGCCUUUUACUUGGGGUGAAUACAAGGGAGCUUCAUAUUCUCUCAGGCUUGGGGAUAGCCGUCUUGACCUUUUUAGAAAGGACAAUAUAAAUGAACAAGUUGCUUGACGAGUUUAUAAGUUACAACCUUUCGUUGCUCCUGAUGGGGGAAUUUUGGCUGUAAUCCUUCCCAUUUCCCAUGGUUUUUGUUUACAGGAAGAAAAUGUACUCAUAUACUUGUUGUUUGGGAUGGGAAAAUGGUUUAAUGUUAUAUUCGUGUAGUUUAGUUAUCAAUGAAAAGUUCUCUUUUCCAAGCUCUGGCAUUCUAAUUGUGUAGUUAAUUCUGAUGACCUAAAAACCUGAACCAGGAAAUAGAUGCCCAACAUUAAU